UCUGAGUCGUUGUUCCAUCUGUUGUUCAGUCAUGUCAUUACCGAACAUGUCUGCCUCCAUGGUGGCUAGGGCGACCGUCCGAGCAGUCAGUAAAAGAAAGAUAUUAGCCACUAGAGCGGCGUUAACGCUGACUCCAUCUGCUGUGAAUAGGAUCAGGAACUUACUCGAGGAUAAACCAGAAUACCUUGGUCUGAAGGUGGGUGUGAGGACUCGGGGCUGUAACGGUAUGACCUACACUCUGGAUUUCACCAAGCAGAAAGAUCAGGCUGACGAGGAGGUGCUGCAGGACGGUGUGCGUGUAUUUAUAGAGAAGAAGGCCCAGCUCACUCUGCUGGGGACCGAGAUGGACUUUGUGGAGUCCAAGCUAUCCAGUGAGUUUGUCUUCAACAACCCCAACAUCAAGGGCACCUGCGGCUGUGGAGAGAGCUUCAACAUCUGAGAGGGAGACCAGGCCUCAGCAGGAAGCCCAACACAGCCAAACGUCAUCCUCACACCCACUCGCCACCCACAAACCCCCACUCACACACACCUCCCAACCCUCUCACUCACACACACCUCCCAACCUUCUCUCACUCACACACACCUCCCAACCUUCUCUCACUCACACACACCUCCCAACCUUCUCUCAC